UUGACUUUUGCAUAGGUAAAUAGUUUACAGGUGCCUGGUAGCAGCAACACUUGAAGAAAAAUGACAGAAAAACGUUUAAAAACAAAGGAGAAAGUGUCAAUAGAUAUAUUGGUUUUUGUACAAACUUUCAUUUGUUAUUAAAGUUACAUAUGUAAAGAAACAGAAUUAAGUUGGAUAUAAGUGUAGUAUGCAGAAAAAGAAUAGUAAAUUGGAAAGUUUUCUGUUUAGAAAGCUACCAGAACACCGAUAUGAAAGGAUUAGGGGCUAUGAAUCUUGUAUUGUGGUUUCCGAGAGGGAAAACAAGGCUUUCAAGUAUGUUAUUUUGGGAGAUGAAUGGAUAUACCUGACAGAAAAUCCUCCAAAAACGAUUCAGGAGUCGGUGGCAUUAGGAGAUGUUAUUUCUGUUGAAUUGGUGAAUGAUUUUCCGGACUUUCUUCUUGGUGAUGACAAGGUCAACAGCCAGCAUCUAGUUAUAACUUACUGGACAUCUGAGCCUGUUAAGCGGAGGUCUUUCCGCAAGAAAAAGUCACCAAGAGGAUCAUUGUCCGACCUUCAUGGAGACCGUUCAAAUGCCUCCACGCCACUCAGCAUGGCAUCGUCACAUGACUUAUGGUCGGAGGAUUAUGGGUACGCUAGUUUAUCCAGUCUUCAGCAUAACAGGCCAGACAGUCGAGGGUCAGUAUCUUCCAAUAGGGAAGUGCGGAAAGGUAACUUACCGAAAAAGAAGAAAAAAGGUACAAAAACACUGCAUACCAUUCAAAGUGAGAAUGAAGAAACAUUCCUUAAAUCACUUAAAGAAGAAUUAGAAGAAGAUAUUUUAGAAGAUAUAGAAAACCAAAGUGAACUGGGAGAGUCAGUGUCUAAGUCACAUGAUUUACAUAAUUCUAAAAAUACAACAAGAUCUAUGAAAUCUGCACGCUCAGCACGAUCAAGUAGACCUUUACCUGAAUCCCCUAUGCCAAAUACACAGGCAUUUCAGAAAACAAACAAUCAAACAAACCGAAACCCUGUCAUAAGCACUAAUGGUUUGCCGAAGAAAAAAGGAAUGUCACCGGAACCACCACCAGACGAUUCGGAGGAGAGUUCUUGUUGUAUUAAAUGUUGCUCAUUCUCAUUCGGUAAAAGCCGUGUGUCUCCGUUUUGUGGUUCAAGAAAAGCUGCCUCACCAACAGACGAGAACCGUUUAUUCAGUGCAUCGACUGUUAGUGCUAAAAAACCAGUUAUGUCGGAAGUGCAUAUUGAGGUUUCAUCAGUGGACAAUGAUGGCCAAGUUUUUACAAAAAGUCAUCGGCCUCGGGUACCUUCUCUUAGUUCUUCAAUUACUACAUUAAGAGGUCAUGACAGGUCUGGAACCCCUAUUCAGGAUGAUUUUGAAAGGCGAAGUGUGUUAAGCAUGGCAUCAAUGUCUGACUUUGGUGGCUCAACCAACCGACUGUCUCUAGUUGGUGCCGAGGGGAUACCGGAAAAACGACGGGCCGUGCUCAACCUGUACCUUCUAAGCAGCGUGUCACCCAUGUUAAUGCUUAUCAGAAGUGCUUGGAGUAACUGUUUGUUGUCAUCUACACUAAUGUUGAACCCAGAGUGUCUGGAAACACCAAAAGGCAGUAUACUGCGUGCAUCACAGAGGGGGAAACAGGAGCAACUGUUCAAUGAGUUAAAGAGAGAUCUGAUGAAGCCUGACAACGAGAUGGAUGAUCUAUAUUAUCUGCUGAAUGAGCUAAAACUUGCCACCGAGAAAAACUUCUCACUUAAAAGAUUAUUCUGGAAGACUGCUGAUCUGUUUCAUUUCUGUGUAAAGACAUUACAACAUUUUUUACCUAAAUCUCCAGACAGCAAGGAUAGUGAGAAAAGAACGGAAGAAUUUGAAUUUGUUUCACUGUUGAUAGAAAUAUUAGGUAUGAUGUUCCAUGAGUCAGAGAUAAUUAAAGAAAGAACAGCCGCUCUGAAGUCGGAAAGGGGUCGGUCUGUUGUUGGCUUAUUGAUGGUACUCACUUGUAAUCCUGAUAUGCCAGAUAAAACCAAGGGUGUAGAUUCCAAGAAAAUUCUUACCGACUUUACAAAGACAGCUUUGUCCACUGUGUUUGAACUUUUUCUUAUGGCUAAACAGGCAAACUGGAGCUUCAUUGAAGGAAAUUUUUACAACAUAAGUUGGAUGGUGUCAACACUGGAAGAGAUACAGCAUACUGAGAAGUUUGUGGCACGUACGAUUGACAUGGUUCUCGAAAUGAUCUCACCAAGUUCCUCGGAGAAACUCUCGCCAACCGAGGCUGUACUAUUGUAUCAGCAGUUCUUUAUCCUAGAAACUUUCCUGCAAUACAGUCCAAAAGUCAAAACUUUUAUAUGUUCGACUUAUACUGAAGAGUUCAAAUAUUUUGUACAGCCUCCAGUCAUCAUGAAGAAACUUCCUCAGAUGUUCCCAGUAUACCAUAUCCUUAUCGCUCAAAUAGAGGAAGUUGUGAAAAAAGUUAUACCUUCAAAAACCACAGGAAAAGAAAAGUAAACAUGAGGGGAUCUUCUAGCAAAUGUAAAGUUUAUUCUACAUGGAAAUGAGAAAUUUCAAAUAUUCUAAAGGCAUGUGUUUUCGUAAAAAUCAUUGUUAUUCUUUCUUGUAAAUAUGCCUAUCCAUGACAUAAAAGGUUUGUUAGUAAGGAUUAUUUCUAAUUGUGACUGUGCAUGACUUACAGAUCCUGUAUUUGAAAAAAAAUUCUGUUGACAUUGAUAAAAUGCAUUUCCGGUGAAAUUUUCUUAAUUUUGUUCACAACACCUUUGAGAAUGUUUGAAAUUUCUCUUUUCUUUGUGUAAAGUAUAACUUGUUGUCACAAAAUAUAGAGAUUUUUGGACUCUGCCUUGUAUUGUGGUAAUAUGCAACAGAAAAUAGAGAAGGAAAAUGAACAACAAUGAGCAGGAGUUCACAAAGAUAUUUCAGAUAUCUUUUUAAUGUGCUAAAGAUGGCAUUAGACAUUACCAUUGGAAUUUUUUUUCAAGUCAUGACAUGAAUGUUUUUUUGUACAAUUCAUGUGCAAAUUUAUGUUUUUGUAUGUUGUAUAUUUUCAUUUCAAACUUUCUUAUCAAAAUGUGAAUGCUAUACAAGAUUUUUGUAUUGUUUAUGUCUUAUAAAGUAAAUUGAAAUUCAUAUAGGUUUAAAAAUUUCUGAAACAUUUAUUUUAAUAGAAUUAUUAUCUUUCAAUAGAUUUGCCUGUAUGUUUCGAAACUUUAAAAAAUUUACCAUUAAUAUCUGCAUUAAUUCCAUGGGGUGUUUUUGUGAUUCUUUAUAAUGUUGUGUCAGAGGGCACAUAAGUGCAAAAUAUAGAUCUUUUUAACAAAGAUAUAAUUCAAAACAUUAACAUUUUGUAAUGCUACUGAGAUUAUGAGUAUCUGCGUGCACAUAAAUUUUUAAUGCAUGUUAAUUACUUCGAAGAAAUGUGUCACAAACUAAAAGUUUUUACUCUGUGAUUUGUUGAUACUUUUAAUUAGCAUUAUUCCAAAAUUGGUUGUCACUGAAAAAAUUUGAUCUUUCUUAGUACAUUAUUUAGUAAUGUGAUAAAAAUUGAUAUGUUUAAAGUGUUAAUUUCACCCAUGCGGAUUUGAACAAUUUUAGCCUUUAUCAUGGCUUAUGUAUAGGGAAAUGAUUAAAAUUUGUUCUUUUCUGACAAAUAUGAGUAUUUUUUUGAAAAAUUGGGAUGGGGAUAAUUGGGAAGAUGGGAGGUGGGGGUUUAAGUUCAUGUGUCUUAAAAAAUUGGCAUUGCCAUUCAAUUGGAUUUUAUUGUUAUAUUUAGGUUAGUAUCCUAAUCUCUAGGUUAUGCUAUUUUAUCUACUUUCAUUUACGAACAAUUAUGAAAGCACAAAAAGAAACAUGUUCAUUUUCAUAUUUUUGUCUGUCAUUUAUAUUGUUGCUUAAGUCUCCAAUAAUUUUCAUCAUUAGUAAUGAUGGCAAGAGAACAUAUGUUACAUUAAUGAUAUAUUAUGUACCUAUUUUAUUUAUCCUCAUAUUUCACUGUGUACUAGAUAUAUAUAUUUCAUCAAUCAUACUGACGAAUGAAAAAAAAAAAAAUUUAUUCAUAACAUUAUACCAGGAUCAUUUUUGAUAAGAAUAUAUGUAUAUAUAUAUAUUUUUUGCUUGUUCGUAAUGUUAUGCAAAGAGCUUAGAGCAAUCUUUAUUAAAAAAACCUCAAAAUCUAUGUAUUCCGUCCAGAAAAUACGUAGUAUUUGUUACUUUUUCAUUUUCUUCUUCGUCUCAUUUCAUUUCAUUAAAUUAGAGAUAUAUUUAAUUAGGCAUUGAUAAAGUCAUUGUCACAUAAACAUUGUCACCUUAGGGUAGUAAGGGGUUAACUCUUUAUAUGAUUUAACAGGAGUUAACCUGUUACUGCACUAAAGUGACGACACAUAUAUUUAUAUAGAACCUAGUCUCAUGAAAAAGCCACUGUGAUUAUUAAUUAGUUGUUAGCAUAAUAAAAUAUAAAAAAGAAUAUUAUGUAAGUGUAUACACUAGAAUCUGCUAAUGUAGUGUUUAUUUUUAUGGUCUCACUGGAAGGAACAAAAAAAUGAAACUUUUACUAGGCUGUCCAGGGUGUGCAUUGUUCAGGACUGAUUAUGAGUUUUAUAUUCUUGACUUAAUGAUAACAUGUUUUAAUAAAUUUUAUAUAUUAAAUAUACAUAAUUGUGUAAUUUAACCCUUACGACCCUGAAUAUCUUAAAUGGACUUGUUUUGAAUUAAUCUGUGCAAAACUAUUCAUAAUUUUUAAGGAAAAUUUAAAGAUUUGUAUUGACUGACUUACUGAACAGUGGAGUCCAUUGUCAGUUGUGUUAGCUUUUCUUGGUCAACACUUUUUGCAUGGAGUGAAGAAAAUCUGUUGUGGACAGCAAGUUCAAGAUUAAUUUCGUAGAGCUUUCAACUUCUUCAUUUAUUGUCAUUUAAGGUAUUUGUUCACAUUUUGAGCAAAGUUUUUUCAAAGAUUUUGAUAUGAUAUUCAUGUUAAUUCUUAAAGGAUAAGCCUAGCUUGUAGAAAAAUGUUAAGGAUCCUGUAUGUUUUGUAAUUGAUAUUGUACCUGAGUGUAUACCACUCUUAGAAGAAAUAAUAUAUGUAUAUUAUUAUGCAAAUAAAACAAGUUUCAAACAUCAAAGAAUAUGUAAAAUAUGUACUGCAAAUAUUUGUGCACAUUAUAAGUAAUCAAUAAAUUAUAUGCAUUCAUUUCUUAUUGGAAAAUUUGACUUUGAAUUUAUAGAAAAUAACUUUCUUAUUACCUCCCUUUAUUUACAUGAAAUGGUAAAUUCGGUAAUAUCUUUUUAAAUAAUGCUUAUUUGACAAUAUUGACAAAUCUUACUUUGAGCUUCAUAUGUAUGAAUUAAAACCAUAAAAAAUUGUGUUACAGGAUCUUAAAAAAAUAGAGUACAGACAUUAAAAAAUAGAGUACAGAUAUAUUUAUGAUAAAUUUAGUAUAUAUACAUGUAUGUAGGUAAAAUACUGAGACAUUUGAACUUUCUACACUUCUGUUUUGAAAGCUACAGAAAACAGUAAAGAAAUAAAUGCACGAAUAUUGUUUUACACUUUCUGGUACACAGUACCGGAAAGAAUUCAGUUUGAGAGAGAAAUAGAGAAAAAUUGUUUCUAAAAUGUGAGCAAGUACCUGUCUCUGAAUGCAUUUGCUUUUGAAAAUGCGAGCCUUUUAUGUGAUUUAUAUAUAUAUAUGAUAUAUAUAUGUGCAUGUAUGCAUAGAAAAAAUUUAUUUAUUUAAAUUAUAUAAACCAUUUAUGUUGCAAUAGAUCUGAGAUUAUUCUAUAGAUUUAUAACUUGAACAAGAUUUUUUUUUUCUCAAAAAUAAAAAAGGAUGAAAGUUGAUGAUUUUUAAAUUAAUAUGUUGAUAAGUACUAUGUUUAUUGUAAGGCUUCAUUUUAAUUCACUUAUUUUGGUGUUAAAAUACUGAUUUUAAGCUGUUAAAGUAUAUAUGAUUCUCAUGUCAUGCUAUUAUGGCUGUAAAGCUGCACGCCAAAAUAUUUCAAUAAAAUCAAGCAUGAAAAAAAUGUACUAAAUUUUUAGGAAAAUAAAAGGAUUCAAGCUUCAAGUAAUAAUUGACAUGUUAUGUGCGAUGAAUAGCUGAUUUUUCAGUAAUUAUUUAAUAUAUAUUUCUACUGCGUUACUAAUGCAGUAAGGGCUAUUUUUGCAUAAUUUGACCUCUUUGGGUAAUUAACAUAGAAUGUUAGUUCCAUUGAUAAUGUGCAAAUUGCUUCCUUUUGGUUACUUCACAAUUUUAUACUUUAUGAUUAAUUUUCAUUUUUUUUCCAUGAAAAUCAGUAUGAAUCUGGAGGCGUGCUGCUAUAAUUCAAAUAUAGUCCAACUGUAACUACGGACAUAUAUAUUUAAUUAAAUGAUUUUGUAAUAAAAUUUAACUCUUUCUGUGCUAAAUAUUUUAAAUUGACUUGUUCAGCUUUAAUUAUGAACUAUUCAUGAUUUUUAUGGUUGAAUAGGGAACGGUGGAAACCAUGAUCCGACGGCAUGGACCUGCCAGCUGAUCUUGGUCUGCACUGGUCGCAUGGUUAUAAUCUAUUGCCACUAGCAGGCUUAGAGUUUAUUGCAAGUUAAACACACAUCCUAAAAGAAAAAAAAAGAAAAAGGAGAGAAAAGAAAAAAUAGAAGUACUAAAUAGAAAAAUCUCAGUGUGUAGGAAUUAAGGUUUAAAAAUUUUGAGUUAUACAUUUGCAUAAUCCAUGUCAAAUUUAAUCUCAUCAUUACUUAUGUUUUCCCAAAAUAGAAUAUAUUUUUGCAACAAAAUAAACAUUAUAUUAUUUAGACCGUGAUAUGAUUAUAUUAUUAUUGACAUUGAAAUGCUUGUCCCCUCUUUUACAAUAUAAAUUGUCAGUUGUAUUAUAUAUGUUCUUUUUAAUGAACCAAUCUCUUGUUGUUGUUGUUGUUUAAUUAAUAUUAAGUAUAUUUGUCAUGACAUUUUGUAUGAAUAUUUAAAGAUAUGAGCCGCGUCAUGACAAAACCAACAUAAUGGGUUUGCGACCAGCAUGGAUCCAGAACAGCCUGUGCAUCUGCGCAGUCUGAUCAGAAUCCAUGCUGUUUGCUUACCAACCCUUUUACUUGUCGAGAAACUGAUAGCGAACAGCAUGGAUCCUGAUCAGACUGGGCGGAUGCGCAGGCUGGUCUGGAUCCAUGCUGGUCGCAAACCCAUUAUGUUUGUUUUGUCAUGACGUGGCUCAUAUUGUUUUCAUUUCUUAUGUUUUCUUACCAGGGUUAAGUUGUUAUACAACAGAUUACUCUAGUUUAUUUUCUAGUAUGAUUAGUGUUUAGAAAGGGUCUGGCAUUUCCUCCCUGAAUUAUGUUAUAGUUAUGUUUUUUGGGCAUAUGUUGUAUUGUAAUGUUAGUCAUUUUCAACAUAUGGAUUGUGUUUUUGUAGGGAGUACUAUGACUGUGUGUUUAGGUAAGAUUUUUCUUUAAUAGAGAUACUACUGCGAAUUCACUUAUAUUCGUAGGCAUGAAAUUUCGUGGUUUUAUCAAAAAGGGCAUUUUCAUGGGUUCCUAAAUACGUGGAUUUUCAAUUUCAAAAUUCAAAAUAUGAAAUAAAUAACCAAAUGUAAAGUAAUCUUACACUUAAUUGCUGCGCAUUUACUUACAGCAUGUACAUAUCUUUCUGUAUCACACAGCGCUUGUCAGUAAAUUAAAUCCCUACCUCUGGGCUUUCAUAUUACACAAAAUCAACAGAAAAGCGCCGAUUCAUGUUUGUAAUGUAUAGAUUACAUGGCAAGAAGUAUGCUUUGGGAUGAAAUUUCGUUGGAUCUUAAAUUCGUGGAUUGACCUACCCACGAAAACCACGAGAAUUUUGUGCCCCACGAAUGAUAAUGAUUUUACAGUAUGUGACUCGUCAAAUGACAUGACACUUUUUUCAGUCUAUUCCCAAGGUGGAAGCAAACUUUAACUGUUUCAACUUGGUAAAUAAUUGGAAAUAUGGGUAAAUGGCUGAUAACUAUAUUGUGAAAGGUAGUGCACUUUGAAGCUGAAAUGUGAAAAGUUUGUUUGCACCCCGGAUUAAGGUGGAAAAACUCCUCAUUUGCAUAUUUCCAGAUGAUAUCUAUUCACUGAUGAAAUUUUCUUUGUCCCUGAUGUGUAAUAUAUGACAAAGCUCUUGUUUAUUCAGUUGUCUUGAAAAACAAGUUAUGAGUGUUUUUCAGUGAAGAUUAAUUUGAUUCACCAGUCAUUUGUUACUGACUUGUGAAUUAUCCUGAUAGGUAUUGUAAAUAAAUUUCUUUGAACCGUCCAGCUUUAUUUUAAUUUUUACAGUUUUUAUUGAACUUUCUAUAACUUUAUCUCAUGUGCAUUUUUUACAUUAUUUAUAUAGAUUUUUUUUACAAAAUGCUUUUUGUAUAUUUACAUUUUUAUUACAAAAAAAUAAAAGCAUUACUAUAAAAAUUAUUUAUGGAAAUGAAUUUAGUACUCUUUGUUUCAACCUAGUUUUUGUAAGUUAUUUAUUUUUAUACGCCUGUAACUUUGGCCUAAUUAUGGUGCUAGUCUGACCAUCAGUCUGUCUAUCUGUCUUUAAGCCAAAUCAGUGUCUGAUAAGGAAUUAGCCUAUGCCAAGGUACAUUGCCCAUUGCAAGUUGUUGACCUUUAUUGAUUUUGAGGUCAUUCAGCCAAAGGUCAAGGUCACAUAGACACUAAUGUAAUAGCCUCCAGUGAAGGAAUUGUUCUGGAUGUUUUCUCUUGUAGUCUUUGAAUUGAGUAUAAUUUUGGAUUUUAAGACAGCAUAUACUUUGGGUGUAUAAUGCGCCAGCACAUGGAGCUCUUGUUUUUAUAGUGUUAAUGACUUUUGUGUAAGCAUACCAGGAUAAAAAUUGUGAUUUUCAAGGUUUUAUCAUUAAUUGUUUGUCUCAAAUUUGAUAUUUAAAAGAUACAGUGAGCCUUAAUGUUUUAGUUGCUGAAAAUGAUAUAUGUUUUUUGUUACUGUUUCAUUUUAAGCUCAACUAUUCAGAAAUUAUGGAAAGCUAUUGUACUCACCCAAGCGUCAGCUUCGUACUUUGGUUAAGUUGUUGCGUGCAUUUAAUAUCUCCAAAAAUUCUGCAAGAGAAUGAGUUUAAACUUCUCAUACAUAUUUGAGAACAUAAUAUAAGGUCACUAUAUAAGGGUCUUAAUUCUAACAUGGAUUUUGACAGAUUUAUAGCCCUUUCGCCACAAAGAAAUUUUUACAUUAUCAAGGCUCUCGUUGAUUUAUUAAUAUUAUAAAUAUAAUUAAGUCGGCUGUCUUUUGACAGCUCUUGUUUUAGCUUUUCCUUUCAGAUGCCUGCAGUUUAGUACAUGUACAUAUUGAGAAAAACAAUAAGUAUUGAUAAAAAUUUCUUUAUCUUUUUAAAAGAACCCUUUUUGAAACUGAUUAUAAAACUUGAAUUUUGUAUUUCCUUUAUAAAUGUGCAAAAAUUAUAUUUGUUUAAUUUUGAACAAACUUCUUUUUGUAUCACUUGUAUUUAUAUGGUUAUUACAUUGACUUUUUAGUCUAUUUGAAACUUAGAAUUUUGUGUAAAUUGUUGAUGUUUUUAUCAACAUAUGUUUUAGUUGUUUAUGAGAGGGAGAAGGAGAGUUGUAAUAUUUUGGUUUAGAUGCUUACGGUGAUCUUCAUUUGUACUAAUUGGUUAAUCAAAUCAGUGUCAAAGUCACUACGAAAAGCAAUUAUUUGC